AUGGACGGCCUCAACGCAAACGAGCAGCGCGAGUUCGCCAGCCGUAUGGAGCGCAGGCAAAUGAAGGAGUUUAUGACUAUGUAUUCCAAGAUGGUCCAACGUUGCUUCGAUGACUGCGUCACCGAUUUCACCACCAAGUCCCUCACCAACCGGGAAGAGACAUGCCUGAUGCGCUGCAUCGAUAAGAAUCUCAAGAGCUCUCAGCGCCUGAAUGAGCGAUUCCAGGAGCAGAACGCUGCCAUGAUGCAGAGCGGUCAGCUUGGCCCUAAAUAA